CGUAAAAAUUUUCAUUUUUACAUAGAAUUCGGAAUUUUUAACGGCGCUAACUGUACACCUUAGUGACGUCAUUGGGUACAUGUCAACAAGUUACAGCCGCCAUUUUUUUAAAUCUCGAUGCAACCUUUGGUUUGAAUUGCCAUUUUCCAAAAGAAUUAUCGAUAUGUGAACAAAGUUCAGACUCUAGUUUCAUGGUAUGUGCCUACAGGUUGGAUUGGUGGUUGGAAACAAGUACAUUCAUGUUGCUGAAGAUCUUUUCAAGUUUGAUUACAGUGUAGACCUAUGGUGUGUGAAUGAAUUCCAGUUCACUGACAGUGUUUGUUUGGACCCUGCUAUUUAUAUCAUCUGGAUUUGUUCAGUUGUUCUAUGUUGAUCCAGGUGAUAUUUGUGGAGGUGAAGCUUACUCCAGCAUAAUGGCAGAACCAAUGGACAUAUCAUCAGAUGAUAAAAGCUGUCCUAUCUGCGACGAACUUUUAAAGAAUGGAUCGCCCACAGUUGUGAUACGUGAAAAGGGAGCAAUUAACAUCAACAGAGCCAGUGCACAGAGAAAUUCGAAUAUAACCGUGAAAUCUGGUGAUUCAGUUCACAGAGACUGUAGAAGGGAUUUUAUAGACUUGAGAAAUGUAAAGACAGAUAAUAGUGAAUAUGCAUGUGACUCUUUGACAACAAGAUCCAGUUAUACAACUUUCAAUUUUAAAUCUAAUUGUUUCUUCUGCACUCACAAAUGUAAUAAAAUAUGUAGUGAAGUCCACAGAGUCGAACAAUUUAAUUUUACUGCAACUAUAAAAGAGUUAUGUAAUAUAAGAAAUGACUCGUGGGGUAAUGAGGUUCAUGCUAGGUUGGUAUCAGUCCUUGAUUUGCAGGCUGCUGAAGCAAUUUACCAUCAAGUGUGCAAUGUAAACUUUCGUACUUUUAAGCAGGUGCCUGACAGGUUUGCAAAAGAUGAAAAAAGCAAGAAAUCACCAGGAAGACCACAGUGUACAGAAUUGCUGGAAGGAUUUAAAGAUGUCAUUAACUAUAUCGAAAGCAAUGAAGGGGCAGCACUAUCAGUCAAAGAAUUAGUUCAAGUCAUGGAACAGACCUGUGGAUAGAGAGCCUACUCAAGUAAAUAUAUGAAAAAGAAAAUUAUUGAACAUUUUGGUGAUACAAUUACAUUUGUUUCUACGCAAGGCCAAGAAGAUAAAAUCAUUAUGAAACAUACCGCAUCUGAUAUCUUAAGCAAAUUCACAAAAGAAAACUUUGGACUCUCAGAGGCAGAACAAAAACGUAAAAUUAUUUCAACAGCUGCAAAACUUAUUAAGUCCGAUAUUGCUGAUGUAGCUGCAUCAAAAACAUUUUAUCCUUCUGUUGGUACUGUCCAGUCUGCAGAAAGGAACAGAAAGUUACUACCAGACACAUUAGAUUUUCUCCUGUCGUCAAUUUUUUCAGGAAAGGACACUGAGAUAAAGAUUGCAGCGAUUGGCCAGUCAAUUAUGCAAGCUUGUAGACCAAAGUCCUUAAGUGCACCAUUACAACUUGGUCUAGCAGUUCAGGUUCACCAUUUAUAUUCUUCAAGAUUUCUUGUAGAUGAACUUUACCAGAUGGGAUUUUCAUCUUCCUAUUCUGAGGUGCAACGUUUCCAAUCCAAUGCCGCUAUGUCAUUAAAUGCUGUAGUCGCAGGAUUUUUUCCAGGUCAGUUUCUUCAAUACGUUGCAGAUAAUGCAGAUCACAAUGUAUCCCAGGGAUUUCACAGAAAUCUGUAUUAGCAGAUGCCAUAUGGAAAGUAGGUGACUGUGGCGUUGCAGAUACUGAAGAAGAUAUAGCUCUGCAAAGUUCAUCUUUGUACGUCAUCGACGGUGGGUCUUUAAUACAAAAAAUUCCAUGGACUAGAAAUAUGACAUUCAACACAAUCUGUAGCCAGUACCUGUCUUACCUGAGGGGACGAUAUGACAAUACAGUCGUUGUGUUCGAUGGAUAUGACCAGGGGCCGUCUACGAAGGACAUAACACACUACAGAAGAAGUAACGGAGGUGUUGGUACAAAAGUCAAAUUUGAAUAUAGCACACCUUUUAGAUCUAAGAAAGAAAUAUUUUUGAGAAAUCAAGGCAACAAACAAGCGUUCGUGAAACUUCUGGGUGAAUUCCUUAGGCAAGAAGGAAUAACAGUUAUGUAUGCACCGGGAGAUGCAGACACAUUGAUUGUUGAAACAGCUAUAACGUCAGCCGAUACUAAUGUUACAUACGUGAUUGGAGAAGACACUGAUUUAUUGGUUCUUCUUAUAAACAGGGUAGCAGAUCAUCAUACAAUUUACUUCAAGUCUGAUACACGACAAUCCUUAACACAUUUAAGAAAAAUAUGGAACAUUAAAAAAACAAGGAAGGUCUUGGGUAACAAUACGUGUCGUCUAUUACCUUUCCUGCAUGCUCUGACAGGAUGUGACACGACGUCUCGAAUUUUUGGUAUUGGGAAAGCUGUUGCACUCCGUGUACUCAGAACAAACACCAAGUUUCAAGAGACCGGAAUACAGUUCCUAAGCAGCAGUUCAAAAGAUGAUAUCGUGGAGUUAGGCGAAAGAGCCCUUGCUAUAUUGAUCGACGGUGAUCCGUAUGUCCGUUUAGACGCUUUGCGGUUUCGGAAGUUUGCUGCAAAAGUUAUGACAAGCACAGUCUUUGUUCAAGUUCACAUAUUACCACCAACAUCAGCUGCUGCCGCGUAUCACAGUCUGCGUGUUUAUUUGCAAUGCAGGCAAUGGAUGGGUGACUCUAGUCUUAGACCUGAAGAUUUUGGAUGGGAACUGAAGGAUGGAACAUACAUACCAAUAAAAACAGAUCUUCCUCCAGCCCCGGAAAAUUUGCUGAACAUAAUUCGGUGUAACUGCAAGGUCAAUUGUGAUACUAGAAGAUGCACAUGUAGAAAACACGGUCUUGAAUGUUCAGUUGGUUGUGGAGCAUGCAGAGGUGUCAGUUGUUCGAACUCAAUGACGCUUGCAGAGGUAGAAGCUGAAGAAAGAGCUGAAUAGAAGUUGAUCUUACCAGUGAUGUAUCGCGUUCAAAUUGGAGUCCAUGUUUAACUUGGUGACACACAUUAUUUAUGUAAUGAAACAGACUGAAAAUCAUAACAUAACACCAUAAAAUGAAAUAAUUUGCUUUGAAUAAUAAUGCCUGUCUAAGCGGUAAUAGUCUUGAAUUACUUUGGUAUAUUCCCAUUUAGUAGAUGAAUUAAUAGUCUUAGAACACGACUAGAUAUAUUAUACUUUAUAAAGUUCAGUAUGUUACGCCUGAUGUAUUCUUACAUAUUAUUUAAAUUAUUUGCACAUUAUCAUAGAAUAAUUAAUCAGGUGUCAAAGAUAACUGCUUUUUAAUUUUGUUACAAAUGCAUUUUGCAUUUAAGAAGUAGUUAAAGUUCUAAUGAUUUAUGCACUUGACUAUUUGCUAUUUUUUAACGCUCUGAAAUUGAAAAAUAUGUCUUUAUAUAUAUAUUUAAAUGUACUUCAGGUAGUUAGGUACAGUUCUAAAUACUUGAUGUAAGGUUUAUCUUCAAGUAAAUGUGUAUCAUUUUCUUUCAUCAAAUUGUUAUAUGUCAUGAUUUAUUGUGACUACAUUUCCAUGGCAACAUAUACUUGAAAUGUUGUGAGCAACUAUUUUAUGUCCUAAUAAAGUAAAGAUAAACUCACAUAAUAAUAAUGAAUUACAUUUGUUGUCAUAAGUAAGAAAAUAAUGAUUAUUUUCAAAAUAUUAAUGUAAGAAGUAUAAUUGUCAAUUUGUCUUCAUUUUUAUUGAUUGAAGAAUGUUUUCAAUGCAGUUUUGAUACUUAUAAAAUUGAAUCUAAUUAAUUUCAUUUGAAAACAAUUGUAUGAAAUGUUUAAAUGUAU